AUGCGAUCACGAACCGGCUGCUUAACGUGUCGAACACGGAAGCUUAAAUGCGACGAAGAAAAGCCCGAAUGUUCACAGUGUCGCAAAGGCGGCCGAGAAUGUCGCCCGAGCGAGGGUGUCGUCUUCCGCCAUCAGCAGAACGCGUCGAUGAACCGGAAUUCCCCAGAUGGUCGAGGUAGUCUCAACGGGUUUUAUUCCUAUAAGAACACAUUCGACAAGGACAGUGUGUGGCUGGAUGUUCCCAAACAUGUCAUUUUUGUCGACAACUCCGAUCCAUACGCCGACGAUCUCGAGACCUCCCUGGGAGAGAGUAGUACAGCACAUACGCACUCGGCCAAUAACAGAUGGGCCAGUAGCGCCUCUCGAACGAGCGAUGCCGAGACACAGGGAUUGGAAGCUUUGUCGGCGGUCGCAACCCACGAUCGCUUCCCUUAUUCUCCCCUAGACCAUUCGAUCUCCGACACUACCUCAUAUGCUUCUCCAAACCGACGGCGCAGUGCCGUUCUUCCCCCCGCUUCGCCCUCCAUGUCGAUGUCCUCCACCAACAACAAUACAAAUAUUAAUUUUCUCCUCAACCCGUCGCAUUCGAUGUCUCCCAGUAUUGACCCAAGCAUCCAACUCUCUGACCGAGGUACGGCACUUCCAACAAGGCCGGCCUUUUCACAUAGAAGCUUAAGCCAUAUGAAUCAUACACCAGACGACAAUGCAGAGACAGAUUUCGAGGUGGCUUUCCUUUUGCGGCAUUAUUCAGAAGGCCCAGGACUAUGGAUGGAUCUGUUUGACUUAGGAACAUAUUUCGCUUCAUACGUCCCAGUGCGAGCAAGGACCAACCCGCUCUUGAAAUUCGCAGCGUGCGCAUAUGCCGCCAAACAGCUGGGCCGAGUCAAAGGCACUAAGGCAGCGAUGGGCGGCGUCUGCUCACAACAAGCUGCCAUGGAACUGUGGCCCGUUAAAGACCCCGAUUUCGCAUGGUACGGGGCCAAGUAUUAUGAAAAAGCCAUUCAGCUGUUGAUGAAGGAGCUGCAACCAGAUGCCGAGGGUCCGCCUCCCCUGAGCACGCCCGAGGCAUUCGGUCAAUGGCAGGCUGCCGAGCUCUCUGCAGACACGGAUAAUCCACGUAAGCGUCGAAGACGGGUUUCUGAUAGUCGGCUCUCGCAUGGAGUUCAUUCGGAUGAAGUGCUCGCGGCGACGGCCAUUUUAUCUGUAUAUGAGUUUCUCGAUGCUGCGGGCCCUGCCUGGAAUCGUCAUUUGAGCGGCGUGAAGUCGCUGCUUGAUGUCGCUGAAGUGGGUAUGAUGCCUCUUGAGCAGCGAUCGUCUCCGGGAGAAAACUCAUAUCACACGUCGACACCGAAGAAAUCGGGGCUUUCAAAGGCCCGUAGGGCGACAUUUUGGAAUUUUGCGCGCCAGGAUUAUCUGGCUGCAUUUAUCAAUGAAUGCCACACAAGACUGAAUACUGAUGACAUAGUUCUUUGGACCGAAGCCGGUCUACUGAUCGAUAACGUAGGCUUUGUCCGGCCCAGCAACACAGGUGUGACAGGGUACCCGGAAGGCGAAGAGACGAUGAAAGAAGACCUAGUAUGCAACGGACUAGUCUGGAUAAUGUCCAAGAUAGUCAAUUUCAUAAGCUCCGGCGACAACGUGCACCUCACAGACCACCAACCCGUUCCGGGACCGCUGGGCGUCUCGCAACAAGUCCUCCUGGAGCGGUGGUACAGGCUCGAAUCCGAGCUCGAUGCAUGGUACACUGGAAUCCCCGAGACCUUCCGGCCCUGCGCGCGGAUAGACUCAUCCAAGGCCAAGCAUCACCGCCCAGCCAACGAAAACGAAGACAUCUCCACUCUCCAGGAGAUCUGGUACAGUCUCCCGAUGUGCGCCUCGGCCAUGCAGCACUACCACAUGGCGCGCAUUCUGCUGCUCAUCAACAAGCCGCACGAGUCGACCAGCCGCCGGAGCACAAUCACGCUCCGACUGCAGUCGUACCGCUCCAUUGAGGCCGAGAUCGCCUUCCACAGUCGUGAGAUCUUGGGCAUUGGCCUCUCCCGCCCGGAUGGAAGCGUCCGCAUUAAUUCGCUGCAGCCGCUCUUUGUUAGCGGGCAGUGUCUGACGGACCCGCGCGAGCGCCGAACUACCGUGCGCCUGCUCCGGAGUAUCGAGUCAGAUCUCGGCUGGGCGACUGAGUAUCGCGUGCAGCAGUUGUUGAAAGAGUGGGGAUGGGAAGAGAAAUCGACCCGGUCGCCUGGGUCUGGGUCCUGA